CUGGGUUCCCAAUGACGCAAGGCGACGCCCCGCCCCCUUUGCCCCUUUAGAAGCCUGUACUCCUUGGCUCAGUCUGUCCCAGAGGUCCGUCAGAUCAAAAUGUCCGUUAUGGCCGCCGCUCACCGGUUGCCCAGCACGGGCUCCCAACGUGUAUUCGUGGUGGGCGUGGGGAUGACCAAGUUUCAGAAACCUGGUCUUCAAGAUUCAGUAGACUAUCCUGACUUGGCAAAAGAAGCAGGCCUGAAGGCUUUAGCGGAUGCCCGCAUCUCUUAUUCGGAAGUAGAGCAGGCCUGCGUCGGCUAUGUGUAUGGCGACUCCACCUGCGGCCAGAGGGCCAUCUACCACAGCCUGGGCCUCACCGGGAUCCCCAUCUUCAACGUCAACAACAACUGCUCUACCGGCUCCACGGCUUUGUACAUGGCGAGGCAGCUGAUCCAGGGCGGUUUGGCAAGCUGUGUCUUGGCCCUUGGAUUUGAGAAGAUGGAGAGGGGCUCCCUUGGAAGCAAAUACACGGACAGGACCAACCCGAUCGACAAGCAUGUCGAAUUGAUGGUGAACAAGUACGGCUUGGCCUCGGCCCCCAUAGCAGCUCAGUUCUUUGGCUGUGCCGGCAAAGAGCACAUGGAGAAAUACGGUACCAAAAUUGAACAUUUUACAAAAAUUGCUUUGAAGAAUCACAAACAUUCAGUCAAUAACCCGUAUUCCCAGUUCCGGGAGGAGUACAGCAUAGACCAAGUGAUGAAGUCCCCAAAAGUCUUUGAUUUUUUAACUCGCUUACACUGUUGCCCAACUUCUGAUGGAGCGGCUGCAGCAAUUCUGGCUAACGAAACAUUUAUAAGGAAGCAUAACCUGCAAUCUCAAGCUGUGGAGAUUGUGGCCCAAGAGAUGGUGACGGACAUGGGGAGCACCUUCAAAGAGAACAGCAUGAUCAAAGUGGUCGGCUUUGAUUUAAGUAAAGAAGCAGCCAGAAAGUGCUAUGAAAAGUCAGGUCUGAAGCCGGAGGACAUCAAUGUAAUUGAACUUCAUGACUGCUUCUCUUCCAAUGAACUCCUUACUUAUGAAGCUCUGGGACUAUGUGCUGAAGGAAAGGCAGGAGAACUGGUUGAUAGAGGAGACAAUACUUAUGGAGGAAAGUGGGUUGUAAACCCCAGCGGCGGACUGAUUUCCAAGGGCCACCCCCUUGGGGCUACAGGCCUGGCGCAGUGCGCAGAGCUGUGCUGGCAGCUGCGCGGGGAGGCGGGCCGGAGGCAGGUUCCGGGGGCGAAGGUCGCGCUGCAGCACAACCUCGGCCUCGGCGGAGCGGUAGUUGUGACCCUCUACAGGAUGGGCUUCCCCAACGACACCUCGGCAGCCCGCAGAAGUUACAAGAUUGAAGCUUCUCCCACUGGUUCAGCACCUGAUGGAUUUAAGGCAAAUCUCAUCUUUAAAGAGAUUGAGAAGAAACUGGAAGAGGAGGGAGAACAGUAUGUGAAGAAAAUUGGAGGCGUUUUUGCCUUCAAGGUGAAGGAUGGUCCUGGCGGGAAAGAAGCCACCUGGGUAGUGGACGUGAAGAACGGCCGAGGCUCCGUGGCCGUGAAUUCAGAUAAGAAGGCCGACUGCACCAUCACCAUGGCGGACACGGACCUGAUCGAUCUGAUGACCGGCAAAAUGAAUCCUCAGUCGGCUUUCUUUCAAGGCAAGCUGAAAAUCACCGGCAACAUGGGUCUGGCCAUGAAGCUGCAGAGCCUCCAGCUGCAGCCUGGCAAGGCGAAGCUGUGAAGGGGCGAGCGCGCGCCUGGGCGGCGACUCGGGGGCUCGGAGGCCUGGAGGACCGGCGGACGGAGAUGCGGUGGGUGUGCGGCCCCCGCGGUCCCCCCUACACACACACACACACACACACACACACACGCAUCUGCGAAGGGUCGCUCGGCCGCCGGCCUCGGCUUCCUGAGCCCCGGCUGAACGGAGCUUCAGCGUCACUGCCGCCGCCUGGCCGAAUGGCCUGAAACUGCAUCGAAAAUUCAAUGGGGUAAUCACAGUCGGGGUUCAAUUGAGCGGCAAAAUCCAUGAACGCGCUCCACGAGCGAUCUCUUGCUUAUCAGAUAGAUUUCAGGACAUUCUGCCGAGGCUUCAUGGGUAGGGCCUGCCUUGGGAGAGCCGGCUGGGCAGUCACUAGUGUUGUGCGCUGGAUACCUGCGCCAGUUCUCUUCCUGUUUGCCCGUUCUCUUCCUGUUUUUAAAAAGUGCCGUCAGGAACUUGAAUUUUUAAGAACUAAAAUUAGGCCCGGAUCAUGGAGAGACACGCCCCCUCCUCUCCUGGAACCAAGCCCAGCAAGGUUUUCUUCUGGAAAUCAGUGUUCGAGUCUCGAAACGGCCCUUCUUCCCAAUUAGGUAGACAGAGGCGCCGCAUUCCCCCGACUGCCUUCGGUAAGCAGCGGGUCGCCCGUCCCUUCCUCCUGCAGAUACGUCGCAUCAUGUAGCCUGAUUCAUUUUCCUGGUGUCCGAAUGUUAAUGACGCGCUGUUUCUUUUUAACUUUCUGGCAACUUACUAAGAUCGGGGUAAAUCAUGACUUUGAAAGUUUAAUAGAAAAUAAAUUUGCUUUUCCUC